CGAAAGACGCAAUGGAACACACUAGUUCCUUGGCUCAUCAGCAUUCGGUUUUGCUUCCGCAAUUUGCCGGAGACAGGUUUUAGACUCUCGCGUAGAUAGCCUUGUACAAGACAAUCGGCUCGAAAGUGUUACUCUUAGAUAGAGUACGCCUGCUUACUGUUUAGUGACUAUUCUCCGGCGGUGCGCUAAGAGUUACUAUCGAAAGGCAUGGAGCUCUCGCAUGCGUUGGAAGAGGCUGGGAUUCUCGACGGCCUAUUGGAGGCUGCAACGUCGGCGAAGCCACACGUCAGAAACCAGGCGCUUCGUGCUCUGAGCCGCUUCUCGCACUCGGAAUACACCCUAAAGUCUCUGUUGGUAAACAAGGGCAUUCUCCCCCUGCUCACCCGCACUCUCUCCCACUUGCCGCCAGUGCCACCCAUUUCUGCUGUUUCUAAUGCGGGUGCUCGUGCCAGUGCUGCUAUACCUGGUCCUGUUGCUUCUGCUGUUGCUGCUGCCGUUGCUGCUCAUGCUGAUGCUGAUGCUGAUGCUGAUGCUGAUGCUGAUGGUGCCAGUGCCGCUAUAGCUUGUCGUGUUUCUUCUUCUGUUGCUGCUACUGUUGCUGCUGGUGGUGAUGGUGAUGGUGAUGGUGCCAGUGCUGCUAUAGCUGGUCCUGUUGCUUCUUCUGUUGCUGCCACCGUUGCUGCUGGCGCAGCUGGGGUUGAGGAGGCUGAGGGGCCAGAGACGGAGGGGCAGUAUGGGGUGCAGGAGCAGCAGCAGCAACCGCAGCAGGAGCAGCAAGAACAGCAGCAGCCGCAGCCACAGCUUGGAGCGAGUGAAAGCGAUUGUAACUGUAUGGCGUGCAGGCAGCAGUCGCUGGAUGCCACUGUGGCGAGCUGCCUAUGGGGGCUGGCCUGCGCCCACCCAGGGAACAAACGCAAGCUUGGGGAAGAAGGUGCUCUGGAGCUGCUGGCUCGAAUCUUGCACCACCAUUUGGAGCACCACUCGGAUCAUCAUUUGGAGCACAGCCCCUGCUGCAACCAUCGCGCACCUCGGCAUGAGCUGAAGAAAAAAAGAACGAGAGCUGCGAGGCACGACAACGCCGGGAGAGACUUGACGUUUGAAGACGAUGUGCUGGCGCUGAAGCACUGCUGCCUUGCUGUGUGGAGCAUCUGCUACUCUGUGGACUCUAACUGCCUUCGCGCCGAAUCAGCAGGUCUGCUGCCUCUGCUGCUCGCCCUGCUUCGCCACCGUCGGCCCUCAGUGCAGUACGCAGCAGCCGGGGCUCUGUGGCACAUUUCAGCCAAUCAGAGCCUGGGACCCACCCUGAUCGUGCACUACAGGUGUCUACCUCCCCUUAUGGGCCUCCUUAUGGACUCUCUGCACCAGUCAACGCCAGUCAACUGCGGUCUGUGCCAGUCAACGCAAGUCAGCUGCAGCCUGUGCCAGUCAACGCAAGUCAACUGCAAUCUGGCUCAGUCAACGCCAGUCAACAGUCAUCCCUGCAAGGACAGGAUCGGGGAAGGGUCAGGAGCAAGGAGAGGGCAAGAGGGGGGGGCAUCCUUUUCUUCACCAGGGGCGGGAAGAGGGCAGGGGACAGUGGGGGGAGAGGGUGAGGGAGUAGAGGUGGGCGGGGGAGAGGCAGAAAGAAUGGACAGUGAGAGGGCGUAUGACAGGAGGGAAGGUGAGGAGGAAGGGGAGGAGGAAGGGGAGGAGGAAGGGGAGGAGGAAGAGGAGGAGGAAGAGGAGAAAGGUGAAGAGGAGGCAGAGGAGGAAGAGGAGGAGGAAGAGGUGGAGGAAGAGGAGGAGGAAGAGGAGGAAGAGGAGGAGGAAGAGGAGGAGGAAGAGGAGGAGGAAAAGGAGGAGGAGGAAGAGGAGGAGGAAGAGGAAGAGAAGGAGAAACUGGAGGAGGCUCGGUUGUACGCAUGCCUAACUCUAGCCAACCUCUCUCUCUUGCUGGACAGUCAAUGCGGGCAAGAGGAUAACAACGCUAUCGAUUAUUCCAAGUCAAAGCCCAUGAUUCCCCACACCAUAUACCCCUCUCCCAUAAACCCCUCUUCCAUUGACCCAGCUCCCAUAAACCCUCCCACAACUCCCUCUCCUAUACUGCACGCAGCACGUCUCCUCCUCCUCUCCUCUCCCGCACUCCCCUCCAUCUCCUCUUUCCUCCUCUCCUCCGACCCCUCCUCCCUCCCACUCCACCUCAUCUGGACCACUGUCUCCCCGAUCGUACGGCUCCUGCGCUGCCACGUGGUGCAGAUCCGUGCGCUGGGUGCGCUGCUGGCAGCAGCAGUGUGCAAGGGGAGGAGCGGGAGGGAGGAGCAUGGAGCAAUGUUCUUCCUGGAAGGAGCAGUGGGCAUUCUGGUGGAGAUGGCAAAGGUUGGGCCAGUGAAAAGUUCGAUGGGAGAGGUAACAGGUCCGGGGAAGGGGGAGGAGCAGAGGAAGGAGCAGAGGAAGGAGCAGAGGGGGAAGAACAUGGAAGAGCAGAGUGAGGAGGAGAGGGAGGAGGCAGAGCAGGAGGAGGAGGGUCAAGUGCAGGCUAAAGCAGCAGAGUUUGCUCGCCUUGCCUUGGGCUACCUCGGUGUGCCUCUGGCCGAUGUGGUGUCAUCCAUUGGCGAUUCCAAUGAGAGGACCACCACGGUACGCGAGUCCCCCGGCGCAGUGCCUUGUGGUGAUGCUGGGGGAGACAGCCAAGGUCAGUGUUCCAGCCGAAGCAGCCCUGUCCCGUCUGCCAUAGUGCCUUCGAUUACCAGCUGCUGUUUGCUGUGCUGUGAGGAGGCGGAGUGCCCUCCCAUUGCAGGGUGCGGUCAUGCUGUCGUCUGCUCCUCCUGCCUCCUCUGCCUCGUCUCUAGGAGACAACCCUGCCCCAUCUGCCGCACUGCAAUCAGUUUGUAGGCUUGGACUAUGGUGAGGUGCUGCUGGUACCAGGCAUGGCCCAUGUGCCGCAGUGCAAUCACCCUCUAGUUGCUGUUUGGUCUGCUGUGAAGAGGCCGAGUGUCAUCCCAUUGAAGGGUGCGGCCAUGCUUGUAGAGAUAGGGUUUAGCUAGGGAGAAGGACUUGCGAGGAGAAAGAGGGGUGACUAGAGAAGAGAGAGAGGUACAAGAGGAGUUGUCCCCUACCUAGCCUACACAUAUAUAUAUAUAAGCAACAGACACACGCCCUAGGCUUGGUAGGUGCUACUUACAAAAGCAUGAGACCAGGGCAGCACUGUCAAAUAUAACUUAGUAUGUUAUUGUAGACUAUAUAGGUUUGUGCCUUAGAGGGUACAACACACUAGCCUAUAUUGCCUUGUAUCCU